AUGGGAUCGAGCACGGCGCGGACAGGCCGGAUACCCCUCACGCGUGGGUCUCCCUCGCACAGUUCCGCUUGUGUCCCCUUUUCACUGUUCUGCACGCGAGCGAGCUCUCGCCCGAGCACCCCAGCCCAGGGGCAUCAUGCUCCCCCGGCACACACGAUGACGAUCAACGACCUCUUCCUCAAGGAUGCCUUCCUCAUCUUCCGAUCCAUGUGCAAGCUCACAAUGAAGCCCCUCAACUCGGAAAGCCUCAGCCUCAGCAGGAAAGCAGCCAGCCCCGUCCCGCAGGUGUUCGAGAUCAGCGUCGAGAUAUUUUGGCGCGUGAUCACGGGCUUCUGGACGAAGCUCAAGAAAGAGAUCGAGGUCCCGUUCCACGAGAUCUUCUUCCCGAUUCUCGAGAUGAAGACGUCGACGCUGAAGCAGAAGGCCGCCAUCUUGGGUAUGCUGUCACGCCUUUGUCACGAUCCGCAGGCGCUCGUCGAGAUUUAUCUCAACUAUGAUUGCGACAGCCAAGUCGCAGACAACAUCUACGAGCACCUCAUGAACAUCAUCACCAAGAUCGGCACCAGCACGCUCCCGUCCGCCGCGCAGCAGAAGCCGGCGGACCCUGCGAGCCCCACGCUGACACCCACGAGCAAGGCGUACGCGCCGGGCAUCCCGCCCGUCGGCGAGGACGGGUGCCCUGAGGGAUUGACGCCCGACGCGUCGCAGUCACUGGAUAGGCUCCCGACGGGUGGCCCGAGCGCGGAGGCGACGAGGCAGCCGACGCCAGGUAUCCACGACGACCCGGGCCGGUUUGAGAGCGCGAAGCAGAAGAAGACGAUGUUGCUGGAGGGCGUCAAGAAGUUCAACCUUAAGCCGAAGCGAACGGGGUUCAUUCUGAGUAAGGCGCCGCAGGACGUCACACGGUUCUUGUUGCAUACCGAUGGGCUGAGCAAGUCGAUGAUCGGUGAGUACCUCGGCGAAGGGAGAACAUCGCGACCAUGUACACGUUCGUCAACAUGCUCGACCUGCGGAGCAUGCCCUUCGUCGACGCGCUGCACGUCUACCUGCAGGCGUUCCGCCUGCCCGGGGAAGCGCAGAAGAUCAAUCGGUUCAUGCUCAAGUUCGCCGAGCGCUACAUCGAGGGCAAUGCAAACACACCGUUCGCGAACGCCGAUGCGUGUCCCGCGCGCUGCUCAUCCGCGCGCGCGUCUGACGCGCCACGGCCCCGUUUCCGUUGCAGACACCGCCUACGUGAUCUCGUACUCGGUCAUCCUGCUCAACACGGAUGCGCACAAUCCGCAGGUGAAGAAGCGCAUGACGCGCGCAGACUUCGUGAAGAACACCCGCGGGAUCAACGAGGGCGCGGAUCUCCCCGAGGAGCUGCUGUCCGCCAUCUUUGACGACAUCGUGAACAAUGGGAUCCGGAUCAAGGAUGAGGUGGACUCGAGCCUGGUCGCGUCGCUCGCGCCGGGUGCGGGGCUGGCGAGCGCGCUCGCCACGGUCGGGCAGGACUUGCAGAGGGAGGCGUAUAUGCUGCAGUCGAACGGCAUGGCGAACAAGACCGAGGAGACGGACAACCUGGAUGUCGUGGAGCUCUGCCUCGACGGCUUCCGGAAUGCGAUCCGGAUCGUGUGCUUCUUCGACCUCGAGCUGGAGCGCAACGCGUUCGUGACGACGCUCGCAAAGUUCACGUUCCUGAACAACCUCGGGGAGAUAAAGACAAAGAACAUGGAGGCGGCCCAGAUGCUUCUCGACGUCACAGUCAUGGAGGGCAAUAACCUCAAGGGCUCGUGGCGCGAGGUGCUCUCGUGCGUGAGCCAGCUGGAGCAUAUGCAGUUGAUCAGCAGCGGUGUUGACGUCCUGGAUGCGCGCAAAGGUUACGUCGCGCGUGCUCCGAUCGUGUUUGCAUGGACGCGUGUCGACUUCAAACUCUGCUCUACGCGCACGAGACGACUUGUAACCAUAACCAUGACAGACCCCUGCUCCUGUACUUGUGCCGCUCGGGUAUAUCAUGAGAGACUUUACGCGUGCGCUAACCUCGGUAUGGCAUGUUACUUCUUGUCCUUCAAGCUCUCCCACCAUGUUUCAUUUGUCUGCAAGUUUCGACAUUCCUACCUCGCAGCCUUCCAAGUUUCAACUCGGUCGGUCGGAUUGGCAAGGUCCCACGGCGCCCUCUAUGUUGUUAGCAACACGACAUCUCAGGCAACUCGGUAUUUUAGUAGAAGAUCGUCGUCGUCCCUACAAGAACCUUUUGCAUUCAAGCUUUCGAUGCCUUCCGUGUCACAGGAGUGCCUCAAUGCCCUCGCCUCCCGGGUCAAAUCUUCACUCGAGCUCUCGCGCACGCUCAAAGUUCAACAGGCUGCUGCGCAGAGUACCAUCUCCAUGCUCAAGUCGAAGGUUUCCUCGCUCGGGUCACUCGCCCAGGCAUCCCAGACCGUGUCACCGCCGAGAUCCUGUGCAUGCCCGACGCCACUCUUGCCCUCUCGACCCGCUCGAGCGUCGAACCUAACCCUCGAUCCCGCCUGCGCACGCUCGGUUCUCUUCAGUACACGCAUCCAUUUGCCUGCGACCCAAAGUUAUAUGCGGAGAGGGAGGCCGAGAGUCACCAAGGCCCCGUUCGCUCACUUGAUUCCCUCAAUAGCCAAUUCUGCCUUUGUGCCCAUGCGUGAACGCGCGACCCCUCGACGCCAUGCACCCGCCUUUGCAUGCUAUCCCUCCCAUACCCGCCCGCCACCGAAUGCCCUCGAUCCCUUUCAUCCCUUGAGCUCACGCAUCCGCCUUCGCCUGCGACCCAGAUUCGACCCAGAUCCGCUUCCGCAUGACUCAUCCAGCUCGCGCACGCGUGCACGCACAACCUCUCGACGGCCCCUCGACCACUCCUCCCUCGUCCUGGAUCGUUGCCGAAACCACAGGCACACUCGACCCCGUGCGCGCUUGACCCCUCAUUCCCUCAUCCUCAUCGCCCUCGUCCUCUCGAGUUUGCGCACACUCGAUCUCACAUUCGUCAACAGUCCCAUCCUCGACCUAACCUAACUGGCUGGUAGCGUAGGAAGAAGAGGACCGGCGGCGGCGGCGGCGGCGGCUGAGAGACGGGCUGGGAACAUGGAUGGGCGUGGAGGACGAGGAAAUUUAUGGGGAGAUGCACGCUCGCUGAGCAGGACGAGCGUCAUGAAGCCCACGCACUCCACGUUUCCGGCCGUGCAUCCCUUCGAC